AUGUUCGGGAUCCAGGACAACUUGCCCCGCGGGGCCACAACCAGCAUGAAGGAGGAGCCGCUAGCUGUUCGCUCUUGGAUGCACUCGGCCGGCGUGGUGGACGCCAACACGGCCGCUCAGAGCGGGGUGGGUUUAGCUCGUGCUCACUUUGAGAAGCAGCCUCCAUCAAACCUGAGGAAGUCGAACUUCUUCCACUUUGUUUUGGCGCUGUACGACCGUCAGGGUCAGCCGGUCGAGAUCGAACGCACCGCCUACGUCGACUUCGUUGAAAAAGAGAAGGAGCCGACAGGAGAGAAAACAAACAACGGGAUUCAUUAUAAACUGCAGCUGCUCUACAGUAAUGGUGUGAGAACUGAGCAGGACCUCUACGUCCGACUCAUCGACUCCAUGACCAAACAGGCGAUCAUCUAUGAAGGUCAGGACAAGAAUCCAGAGAUGUGCAGAGUUCUGCUCACACACGAGAUCAUGUGCAGGUUCUUCUUGAAGUUCUUUCUCAAGUGUAACCAGAACUGUCUGAAGAACGCUGGAAACCCACGAGACAUGAGGAGGUUUCAGGUGGUGGUGUCUACGACUGUGAACGUUGACGGCCACGUUCUUGCUGUCUCUGACAACAUGUUUGUACACAACAACUCCAAACAUGGCCGCCGAGCCCGGAGACUUGACCCAUCUGAAGCCACUCCCUGUAUCAAAGCCAUCAGUCCCAGCGAGGGCUGGACGACAGGCGGAGCCACCGUCAUCCUGAUAGGGGACAACUUCUUUGACGGCCUGCAGGUCGUCUUUGGCACCAUGCUCGUGUGGAGUGAGUUGAUCACCCCUCAUGCCAUCCGGGUCCAGACCCCCCCUCGCCACAUCCCCGGUGUUGUCGAGGUCACGCUGUCUUACAAAUCCAAACAGUUCUGUAAAGGAGCGCCGGGACGCUUCGUCUACACAGCACUAAAUGAGCCAACUAUAGAUUACGGCUUCCAGAGGUUACAGAAGGUCAUCCCUCGUCACCCCGGAGACCCAGAGCGACUGCCCAAGGAGGUGUUGUUGAAGAGAGCAGCUGACCUGGUGGAGGCGCUGUACGGGAUGCCACACAACAACCAGGAGAUCAUCCUGAAGAGGGCAGCAGAUAUCGCUGAAGCUCUCUACAGCGUUCCAAGGAACCACAACCAGAUCCCGUCACUAGGCAACAGCACCUCCCACAGCAUGAUGGGUGUAAACUCCUUUAGUGGACAACUGGCCGUCAAUGUCUCAGAGACAACGCAAGGUACGAGUGACCGUAUAA